GACAACUUCACACUUCUCAACUGCCUUUAUCGUAUCCAGUCUCACACCCACUUGCGCCCUGGAAACUUAACAGAGACAAGUCGCGCCACGCCAACAAAAUGUCAACUCUAACGCAUACGCCAAAUGGCAAAUCUACAAUUGACGCCAAGGCGCUGUUGGGUGCAUACCUCAAACAAUUACAGUCAAAGCCACUGAGGACAAAGAUGCUUACUCAAGGGUCUUUGUCAGCCUUGACGGAGAUUAUAGCAUCGUGGUUUGCCUAUGGGCUCCCUGGCCACGGCCCAACAAUUACUGCCCGUGUCCCUCAAAUGGCGUUUUAUGGUGCGUGUAUCGCGGCACCACUGACCCACUUUCUCAACACGACUCUACAACGAAGUCUCCCAGGACGAGUAGUCUUACAAAACCUCAUCACUAUGCUCCUAUUCUUCCCCAUUCAAAAUGCUGUCUAUCUUAUAUCAAUGGCCGUCAUUGCUGGCGCGCGCACGACUGAACAGGCUCGCGCUGCGGUUCGUGCCGGUUUGGUGCCCAUGACGAAAGCUAUGUGCGCCAUGCACCCAGUCUUGAUCACAAUUGCAACCGUGUUCGUACCAAAAGAGGCAUGGGCUCCUUUCUUCAGCUUGGUUGGGUUCUGUCUUGGAACUUUCUUCAACACUAUGGCUAAGAAGAGGAGAGUUGCCGCUGCCGCCGCUGCUUCCAAGAAGGAAUCUUAGGCCAUGACUCCGGUAUAGACAUAGUUUUGUGUUACUGAGAACUUCGUCGCUUGCGUUAUGCUGGCAUUUAGAAUAUAAUAAGCGUCAUUUAGCAUCCAUGACGGUUUCUUUCUA